AUGGGCAAGUCCCGCGUCUCGUACUUCUACCACCCCGAAGAGGGCAACUUCUACUAUGGUCCAGGCCAUCCCAUGAAGCCGCAUCGGCUCAAGCUGGCCCACCACCUCGUGCUCAACUACGACCUCUUCCGCAAGAUGGAAGUGUUUGAGCCGCAUUGGGCCUCGCCGGAAGAGGUCAAGGCCUUCCAUACCGCCGACUACAUCGACUUUCUCAAGAAGAUCAGCCCGGCCAACGAAAAGCAGUACCAAUCUGACGUCAACAAAUUCAACGUCGGCGAGUUCACCGACUGCCCGGUCUUUGAUGGCAUCUUCAACUUUUGCCAGAUCUACUCGGGCGGCUCGCUUGAUGCGGCGUACCGCCUCAACCAAGGGCUCAGCGACGUGUGCAUCAACUGGGCCGGCGGGCUGCACCAUGCGAAGAAGUCGGAGGCGUCCGGCUUUUGCUACGUCAACGACAUCGUGCUCGGUAUCCUCGAGCUCCUCAAGUACCACCCGCGCGUGCUGUACAUUGAUAUUGACGUCCAUCACGGCGACGGUGUCGAAGAAGCGUUUUACGUCACAGACCGCGUCAUGACCGUCUCCUUCCACAAGUAUGGCGACUUCUUCCCCGGCACGGGCGACAUCAAGGACGUGGGCGCCAAGGCUGGCAAGUACUACGCGGUGAACGUCCCGCUGAAAUCAGGCAUUGACGACGAGUCGUACCUCUCAAUCUUCAAGCCCGUGAUCGAAAAGGUCAUGGAGUCGUUUCGACCGGGCGCCGUCGUGCUGCAGUGCGGCGCCGACUCGCUCACAGGCGACCGACUUGGCUGCUUCAAUCUGACAGUCAAGGGCCACGGCGAGUGCGUCCGGUUCGUCAAGAGCUUUGGGCUGCCCACGCUCGUGCUCGGCGGCGGCGGCUACACGAUCCGCAACGUGAGCCGAGCGUGGGCGUACGAGACCUCGGUCGUCCUCGAAGAGCAAGUGAGCAACGACAUUCCGUUCAACGAGUAUUUCGAGUACUACGCCCCCUCGUUCAAGCUCCACUUGGACCCGAACCCGGAGCUCGAGAACUGCAACUCACGGACGUACCUCGAAGACAUCAAAGUCAAGAUAUUCGAGCAUCUGCGCAUGCUCAACGGCGCACCGAGCGUCCAGAUGCAAGCUGUGCCGCCCGACUACAUUGUCCGCGAAGAAGACGAAGACGCCGCCGACGCCGACGCGCGCACAGACCACGAGAGCACCAAGCGCGCGCACGAGGCUGAGUUUUAUGCACACGACAAGGAUCAAAAAGGCAAGGACGAUGAGAACGUCGACAUGACCCUCGACUAG